AUGGGGCUGGAGGAGAGCAUGGUUCUGGAUAUGGAGGUGGAGCUGGUGAAGGAGGUGGUGCUGGGAGCUGGAAGUGGAAGUGGUGGUGGAUAUGGUGGUGCUGGAGGAUCAGGUGGUGGUGGUGGAGGUGGACAUGGUGGUGGCGGCGGUGGUGGAGCUGGUGCUGGUGGUGCUGGAGGAAGUGGAUACGGUAGUGGAGGUGGUGCUGGUGCUGGUGGGGGUGCUGGAGGAGCGCAUGGUGGAUACGCUGGUGGUGGAGGAGCUGGUGGCGGUUCAGGAGGCGGAGGCGGUGGUGGGGCGAGUGGAUAUGGAGGUGGUAGUGGCGGCGGUGAAGGUGGUGGUCAUGGUGGUGGCUAUAUGCCUUGA